AUGUCUCUCACUUCCUCUUUGCCGAACAAUCAAGCGCAUGCCCCGGAUAAUGACCCCCAUGGGAUGGACGACCAAGCUAUGCUCGCUCUUCUUCUCCGUCGUGGUGCUGAACAGCUUGAUAACCAGCUAGAACUGAACAUUUCUCCCCCAAAUGCUCCACAUCCUAGACCAUUGCCUGCUCCACCAUUGACUCAAAGUCUCUCGCAUAACAACACUCACUGUCAAGAUACGGGUAAUUCCGUCCCAUACCAUUGUGAACCUUCCGGUCCAAGUUCACUAGCUCCUACUCACCGAACACUGAAAGAACUAAAAACUAGACCACAAGCCCAAACACUGGUCUCUUCUGGCGAAACAUCAAGCAAUAGGCAAAAUGACACAUCUUCUCGAGAACAGGCUCUUCGAUUUCUGGAAUCCAUCACCCUCAAUCUUUUCGCACAACUCCGUGAUUCUGUCCGUCUAAUCACCCGAAUCAAGAAUGCGAAAUUACAGCCCAAAAGCGCCAUUCCUGACGCCUCACAAUCUCAAGAAGAGGCCCAAGAGAGUCAUACGAGUAGUGCCAGUUCGCGCUCGACCAGUAGUAUCAAACGACGUCGUGAUGAACAUGGGAUUGACGUCAGCUGUGUUGAAUCGGUUCCUAGACCGGUCUCGCCCAGUAAAACCUCGAAUGCGACAGAGCGACCUGGCGUUGAGAUAAAAUUAAUCAACCGUGUCACUGGGGGAUUCCAAGUGAUCACUGUACCGGAAGAACCGGGCUCGAACACUCCAGGAGCUGGGAUGGAUAAGCUGGCUUGCGUUUUGCGUAUCUCUUCGCUUUUGUACGAGGCGAUUUUGACGGAUUGUGUCAUGACGAAACGAGAUAUCUAUUACAAAGAUGUCGGGUUGUUCAAGACCCAAGCUGUGGUGGACAAGCUCGUCGAUGACCUCGUUGCCACCGCUGGUCUUAAACGUCGAGACUUCAAUGUCUGUGCAUCGGCCAAAGGGCUCGCUUCGUCUAGCUCCCUCCGGCUGGUACUGAAGAAUGGGGAACAGAUAGUACUGUCACCCUCUACCGCUUCUCUCAUUCCUCCCGCUGAGAAAGUUCAGGCUCUGGUGGGGAAGGUGGAGUGGGUGUUGGUGAUUGAGAAAGACACAUGUUUGGGUAUGAAACUACUCGAGGACAAUGGUUUGGGUCCGGGGAUGCUAGUCACGGGCAAAGGGUAUCCUGAUCUAGCGACGAUUCAGCUGUUGCAUCUGGCCUCUGAGACGUUCCCAAAGCAAGUUGUGAAAUUUCAUGCUUUGGUAGAUGCCGAUCCUCACGGUCUCGACAUUCUUUCAGUUUAUACAUAUGGAUCUGAGGCUACAAGGUAUUCCGUUGAGCAUGCGGAUUUAGCUCUUGGGGAGAGAUUGCAGUGGUUAGGUGUGAAGGCCAGUGACUGGAUCAGCGCGGGGGUAGCGUAUGAUGAUCUACUGGAAUUGACCGACAAGGAUGUGCAAAAGGCCAUGAGUAUGUUGCGAAGUGAUAUCCCAUCGGAAUGGAAACGGGAACUAGCGCAUAUGCUUCAUUUGAAUCGUAAAGCCGAAAUACAAGUCAUCCUCACUUCACUUGGUCCUUCCCUUCAUGAAGGCUCCAGUGUGAGAAGAGCAGAAUGGGGUUUGAUGGGAGGUACGGGUGUGUUGAGGGAAUAUUUGGUCAGUAGGAUGAUCAGAUGA